GCUGAUGAUGAGCUACUACUACUACUAGCAUUCUUCUUUGUUGUCCAUCAUGUAUUACUAGUUCUACUAGUAAAGUUCUACUAGUAGUUGUCCAUCAUGUCAUACUAGUUCUACCAGUAGUAAUAAGCAAGUCUAGUAUUAGUACUUUUGCGAUUUCUUCCCGCUCCAUUCCUCCCGCUCCAAUUCUCGUCGAAGCCAUCCAUGGUCACCGACAGGGCAUCGUCGCUGGCGGUGAUGGGGGGUUGGCUGGGGUGCCAACCAAAGUUUCUACAGCGCUACGAGGCGAUGUACAAUUCGCUCGGCUUCGAGGUGCUCUCCGUCGUCGCAACUCCCCUGUCCGUCAUCGAUUCGACUCUCACCUACCAAUCCCUGCCCCGGAACCCCAUCCACGUUCCGUCGCCAAGCAAAUGGCCGUUGCGCGCGGGGGCCAACACCGAGUCCGUGCCGUCCGCCAGGAACGGCAUCGCUCGCAACAGAAUGCAAGACCUGGCGUGGAACGUCCUCGCAGAUAUCCACAACAGCGGAGCCGAUGUAUUCGUCUUUCACUGUUUUUCGAACGGCGGUUGCUUCUUGUGGGAAAGCAUCUGUCGCAUCUUGCUCUUCAGGGACAACAAAGAUUGCAACCGCCAGGUCGGGGCUGUCUUGCAGGCACUCCACGACAAAUGCAACGGGGUUGUCUUCGAUUCCUGCCCGUGCUGGUUUGGUACGAAAGAGGAAGGUUCCAAGUUGUCCCAGGCCCUUCGGCACUGCAGCUUAGAAGAGAGACAAGCCGUUCGAUCUGUGCACGGAGAACGAAUUGAUGCAGUCGACGACGACCUCGUGAAUCGCAGCAUCGAAUUUUUCGAAUACCUCGCAUUUCUGCCAUUGGAUGUUCCCCAGCUCUACCUUCACAGCAAAAACGACGAGCUCUCGAACCACGAAUACAUUGAGAAGAUCAUUGAGACCCGACAGUUGCAUCAGAAAUGUCCAGUGCUGUUCAAAUUGUGGGAACACUCAAUUCAUUGCAAUCAUCUUCGCAAGCAUCACAAAGAUUAUACGGAGGCAUUGAAGGCAUUCAUCAAAGAACUAAAUGUUUCGUAUACAAACAGAGCAAGACUGUGAACAGUGUUCCCCGACACGAAAAAAUUCGCAUGCAACCAAAAAGACGAGGGCGAGUAAAAAGAUGAUUACUUCAGUGCGAUAGGCGAAAGCAAUGAUUUAAGUCGGAAACGAUGGAGCGAGCUCACUGGCGGUAAAGCUGGGAGUCUCCUGCAGAAUCGUUUGCGUCGUUACUUCGAUCUCGUGAUUCAGGUCGUCGAUCAGAUUCGAUUCGUCGGAUUCUGUUUCUUGCAGCGAAAACCGGGCACUGCUGCUGCCAGCAGAGUUGCUGUCAAAGGAAGCCGAGGAGCGCUGAACUUGCAAACGCCCCGUGGCGUUCUGGCACAAGUGGCAUUCCACAAUGUCGUGGGAUACCAUAUCGCCACUUUUCUUGUCCAUUGCGGAGGCCGGGUGCUCCGGAAAGACCAUGCUGGUUUUGGAGGAGCCACACGGCAUGCAAAAUAGCUUGGAAAACCAGGACGGCUGAUUGGCCGACACCCCAUACAUAAGCCACUUGAGCACCCCGAGUUCGAUUUCAUCGCAAUGUUUCCUAGAUUCUAAAUCGAUAGCGUUGUAGGUUUUGCCGCAUUCCUGUGGGUUGCAAUAAUCGUUUGCUUCCUUC